AUGACCUCCGAGGUGUCAUGGCACCUGACGCCGGCCGGUAUACUUCCGAGUUUCUCGCCGUCGAAAAGCCCCUCAAAGGCGGUCGACUACCCCCGGCUCUUGGAGGCCCUCGCGGUGCACAAAGAGGCCGAAAACGCGGAGAUCCCGGAGUACGAGGUGUUCACAGACGCGGCCAUCUUCAACACGGAGAAGGCGCUCCGCGGCGCGUUCCUAAACCCCGCGUACAUGCUCCAGAACUUCAGCAGCUUCCUUGCGGACAUCGGCGACACGCACGUGAACGACCCCAUCAACUUUGCCUCGGUGCGCGACCAGUCCUUGCGGAAGUUUCUGACGCGGCGCAACGCGGGACUUGAUAGCCAUUGGGCCACAUUGCUGAUCAUGCAGCAUGGCGACGCCCAGCGCAUCGAAGACUACCUCAUCCACGAGUUGUUGAAGUGCCGAAUCAUCAUGCGCAUGCGUGUGCAGCUGCGGCUCCGCGGCCGCUCGUGCUACCGCAAGGCGGCCAGCGAGCAGUUGGUGCAAGGCAACUUCAUCAACUACAUGUGGCACGUGCUCAAGCUUCCCGAGUGCUCCGCCCGGCAGGCGCUGGACUUGACGGACACGCAGAAACGGGACUAUGACAUGAAACGAGCUUUUGGCCACGCUGCCGACGCGCUCCACGCGUUGAAGCCGGACAACUACGAGGGCGACAUUCUGGCCCAGCUGCCGCGCAUAGAUCUCGUGUUGCAGUCCAUCCGCAAGAUCGCCGUGGACUUCGUGCUCUUGGAGAAGUACGCCGUGCAGAUCUUGGCCAAGUUGAACAACGACUUCUUGAUCGAGGGCCGCAUCACCAGCCAUCUUUUCAGCCUCCACCACCUCAACCUCCAGUUGGGCAACCAGGAGUCCUUGAAGGUCUUGGUCUUCAACAGCUCCUACAGCGCUGCGUACUCGUGGCAGCUCGCGGUGACAAUUCCGUUCGUGUACGUGUUUGAGGCCAGUUUGCUGAGCGAGAAUCUGCCGCUUUCCGACGACCAUGCUCAGCAACCUCAGAACUCACCUUCCCGGACUUCCCUCAAGGAAAAAGAUCUGGCGUUGUAUAAAAACUUCUUCUCGCGUUUGGGCUUUGCUGACUAUGCCGCCUUCAAGCGGCUGACGUACAAAGAGUUGGCGGAUUUGCAGCAAACACACGGCAACAAGGUGGCUCCCGGCAAGCUUCAAGUCAAGCCCAUCAACUUCGAGUACUACUCCCGCUCGCUCUCCACCAUCCAGUCCGAUACGUUCCACGUGAUCCAGUGCCGCGACAUGCGCUCUCAGGUCUCGCCGUCGAAUUAUGAGCGACUCCUCCGCGAGUUCCAUCGUCUUUUAAAAAGUGGAGGCGUGCUCGAGCUUCCCAUGGUUCUUUGUGGGCUGGGAGAGACGGGGCUCUUCAAAUUGCCCGACAAGCGGGACAUGAAGCGGAGAGCUGACUGGCUUGAGAGCUACACUUUUGAUACCAUGAGAGACAUCAUUGCCAUCUUGGGGAUGUUGUUUGGCGCGCAGAACGUGAAAUUCUCCACGCUUCUUUUGACUUCGAAAAACCGAAUGAUCAGUUAUCUCAUCAACUACACAGGCAUGUUGAUUCGCGAGCUGCUAAGCGAGCUUGAACAGGCAGACGACUGUACCAGGGCGGCCAAGAACGUUGAAGAACUAGACGAAAACGACCUCAAUUUUUAUUUCUACAUCAGAGCCGAGAAAGCAUGA